ACUCAGCCAAACACUGGUCAACCUUCUCUCCCUUUCCAUGGCUCUCUCUCUCUCUCUCUCUCAAUUAUUAGCAAUUCUAAUUGAUCUCAGCGUGCCACAAGGACACAGACACAGUCAAUAGUCAGAGAAUUUUCAGUUGGAGGUAUCUUUGAUGGGCCUCAGCUUCUAUUUUCUCAUUCUCCAGAAGCAACAAGAAGAAUGGCCAAUUCUCUUUUGAUCCUCAACAGAUUAUUGCCCUUUACUGGCCUUCACCUUCUCCUAAUUCUUCUUCAUUCCCUCUUAUAACUCUCCUUUCAAUACCGGUUCUUUUUCAUGUGACACAUCUCUUGUUCUGUUUGGUUCCUGACAAAUCAAUCAGAUUUUCCAACCCUAUACCUUCCCGGGAAAGUGAGGCAGGAAAGAAGACGAACAGAGACUCUCCCAAUUUCGUUUCAUUCAUUCUGUUUAUCGACUAGGAAAAGUGGGAUCUGAAUUUAUUGAUUAAUAUUUUUUGGGGCAUUCAUCCGAUUUGAGAUACUAAGCCAGAGAUCUUCUAUGGCCUCGGUGUUUCUGUACCACGUGGUGGGCGAUCUGACGGUGGGGAAGCCUGAGUUGGUGGAAUUCUGCGAGAUGGAGACGCUGGAGUCAGCUAUUCGGGCAAUAGGAGAAUCCACCGAGUGUGGUAUUCCGGUUUGGAAGAGGAGAUCACUUGGUGGUGUGGUGGAGAGCAGUGAAAUGAGGCAGCAGAGGUUUGUGGGUAUCCUGAAUUCUCUGGAUAUUGUUGCGUUCUUGGCCAGGAGCGAGUGCCUGGAGGAUCAAGAGAAGGCCUUGAAAACCCCAGUCUCAGAGGUGGUUGUUCGUAACAAUUCUCUACUGAGAUUGGUCGAUCCUGGCACAAGAUUGAUAGAUGCACUGGAGAUGAUGAAGCAAGGUGUUAGGCGUCUUCUUGUUCCGAAGAGUGUGGUGUGGAAAGGCAUGAGCAAGCGAUUCUCAGUUCUAUAUCAUGGGAGGUGGCUUAAGAACAUUGACACCUCUAGCAGCAAUGGUAACCUGACUGCCAACAUCAACAGGCCUGCGUCUUCCGCCACAUCUAUCCGUGACAAAUUCUGCUGCCUUUCUAGAGAAGAUGUUAUACGCUUCCUUAUUGGUUGUCUUGGCGCUCUGGCUCCACUUCCCCUUUCAUCCAUUUCCUCUCUGGGAAUCAUCAACCCGAACUAUCAAUCCAUUGAAGCCUCCCUCCCAGCUAUUGAAGUUACGAAACAGCGGCCAGGAGAUCCCAGUGCAGUAGCUGUUGUGGAGCCCACUCCAGAUGGUCAGUAUACGAUCAUAGGAGAGAUCUCAGCAUCCAAACUAUGGAAAUGUGAUUAUUUGGCUGUGGCCUGUGCCUUAGCCAAUCUCUCGGCAGGACAGUUUGUCAUGGGGGUUGAGGAUAAUGUGACCUCAAGAUCACUCCCCGAUUUUUCAGUUGAUUCUGCGGUUGGAGAUGGUAGAGUAAGUAAUGGGUCGGGAUCAAUGCGACCGAAGAAGUUCAGUAGCAGAAGUAUAGGCUUUAGUCCGACGAGCACAGCCCAUGGCAUCAAUCGGAGCAUGUAUAGGGGCAGAAGUGCACCCUUGACAUGCAAAAUGACAAGCUCGUUGGCUGCAGUGAUGGCUCAGAUGCUGUCUCACAGGGCAACCCAUGUAUGGGUAACUGAGGAUGAAAUCGACGACGUUUUAGUUGGGGUGGUGGGUUAUGCAGACAUUUUGGUUGCUGUGACCAAACAACCUGCAGCCUUUAUUUCUGCAAAUCGAUCAGUGGAAGCCCUUGCAACUGAGAUUCAAAAUUGAACUCUCUACCUCCUCUGUUGAUUCUGUCAGACGAAAAUUGUGAAUCUUUAUGUAUGCUGUUGUUGGGAUUUGAAGAUUUAAAUAGACAUUUGCAUUGCACAAUACUUGCUGUGGCGUUGAAUAAUGAUCCCCUGCAACUUGCCAGAGUUGCUUCUCCUCU